UCUAGACCAAAACCGUACUUCAUUGUUUACGUGAUAUUCAUAUUUAUAUAUCUGUGAGUGUUACACGUCGUGUUUGGCAUUAUACGCUAUUCUGAAUAAAAAAAAAAAUAGUUUAAAUUUGUACACUGUACCACAAAAUAUUAAUUGUCAAAAUAUAAUUUCGAUUACAGUACAAAAUAAAAAAAAAAAUGAAUUCAAUAAUCGUACCCGACAGUUUACCGGAGAUAUUAAAAAAAUAUGUGAAAGCUGCGAUCCGAUCUCAGCCUGAAGACAUUGUAAGUUGGUCUGCGGAGUAUUUCAAAAGCACAGAUAAUCAAUACAUUUUAUCGGGUACAGAAAAUAGUAUUAACACUAAACAAAAACAAGAUCGAACUCUAUUCAGAAUAUUAGCUUUUCAAUUAGGUACCACUAUAGGCACUAAAGAAAGAAUAGAAGAAGUUUGGUCGGACUUAUCGCUCGAUUUCAAUCUAUUAGAACAAAUUUAUACAAUUGGGAAUUUUCGUGCUGAACAUGUGGACAUGGUAGAAUUUUUGGGUAUAACUUUUGGACAUUGGACAAAAUCACUAAAAGAAACCAUGUUGUUGUGUUGCGAAGCGUUCUGCAAGUGUUUAGCCGCUGACGGUUAUUUCAUGCACGUGGACGUCGCUUGCAAGCUCUAUGGGUACCUCGCGAAAUUGGAUUGUUCACUUCCUGGUGACGAUUUCACAGGCGGUGGCAAACCUGCGGUAGUCCAAACCAGCAAGUCUUUGGACGUGUCUCCAGCGCCGCCUACCGAAAGUGACAUUUUGAAGCAAAGCGACGUUAGUGUGUCACUCGAAUCGAUUUUGUCUCGUCGUCUAGCAGCAACAGCCGCUCGCGGUAAACCGAAGACCGGAUACCACGUACUGGGUAUCGGGCCUACCGCGUCUGACGGUCAGGUGCAAAAGGUGUUCGUAUAUUUCAGAAAAUGCGCUGCUGACAACGGCGGUUACGUGUACGAUUUCGACAUCGAAAGCGAUCGUUGCCCUCAGUUGGACGCUAUUAAUAAUAAUUAAACCACGACCCAAGUGUCGUAAUUACUGUACAUUUAGUAGUUUCGUUCCGUAACGUCAUUAUACUUAGCGGAUAACCCGCUACCCGCGCAUGUCAUCGACCCUGUAGUGUGGGUUCGGAUUCAAAUAUAAUCGCGACCGUCGCGCGGGUGCGCAUCUAUUUAGCACUUACGCCGCCGUAGCAAUACUAUGCCAAUACUACGCAACACGCAUUGUGUUAGGUAUAUAAAAUAAACAAUUGCCUAAAUAGUAAAUUGUAUAUAAAUAAGUCAAAUAAGAUAUAAAAAUUUAAACGAACUAAAAAUAAACCAUAAGGCUUCGAGACUUAAAUUACAAAAAUGAUUAGGUACCUACUCGUUCAUAAUAGGAAUAUUAGCUUAAAACGUAGUAUGUGAAUAUUGUAAAUUAAAUAUAUCAUAUUCGUAAUAGAUAAGAUUUUAAUUUUGACUUAAGUCGAUUAACAUUUGAUUCAUUGAAAAUUAUGCAAUUGUUGAUCCAAAAUAUUUAAACCCUUUUUCACUCCCGCCGCCACGGCACGGCGUCCGUAAAAUCGCAGUUAGCCAGUUAACAUAAAUAAUAUUACACAAUACUUUCAAUAGAAAUCUCAUCGAAUAAUAAACCAAGUAAAUAAAUAUCUUAUGAAUACGCUUGCAAAAUGUCGAAGACAAAAUCUGCAAUGCAUUUGUUAGAUAUCUGAAGUUGAACUAAACAGAACAAAUAAAAAAGAUCAAAAAAGAGCUAAAAGAUAUUUUUGCACAAUAACGGCAGGAUGUCCACUAGAUAGUAUAACGAUACAACUUCAAAGUUAACCACCAUAUGGCCUUGGACACCGAAGUCAAGUACGAUCACAUGAAUACCGACACCAGAAGGCAGUGCAUGAGUUCCGGGAAUGUCAUCAAAGUACAUAUUUCGGUAGUGGGUUUAAAUCGGUUACGGAGCAAUUUGGACGUUUAUUGAGAUGAAUUCGUGGGUAUACCGUGACAGAUAUAAAUAUUAUGUUCAAGUCGAAAUUAAUAGUGCCAGUUGCAUGUAAGAAAGAGCGAAAACUGUCAGAGAAUAAGUCAUGUGUGUUUCGAGACUUGCAGUUAGGAUUGAAGACGAAACUGCUAAUAAUAAUUCUCAUAGUCACGCGCGCAAACCAUCAUUCAACUUACACGUCAUCUAACGACAUGUUUACGUCGGAGUCUCGGAGACUAUUUCGAUCUGUUUACAGGCAAGACUGAUUGGGCACUGAGUCAGACUUGUCUGAUUUACAUCGCAUGGGAAACGAAAGAGAAAUAUUUAGGUAUCACCGACAGCUUGCAUACUAAAAUCAGCACCACUUCGAGUGCAGAUUGCGUCCUACUAACAUCUUGUUGAUCUGGAAGAACGGCGAGGCCGCGAUGGACAACAAAAUUGAAUCGCUGAAAGUCAACCACCUCUUCCAACACUGACGUCAUCGCCGUAAAUAACGAGAUCAGCGACGACGACUGGCAAGCUCUGUCGAUUACAUUAAACGGUUCACGGUAGCCGCUGUCUCACCAUAUUAUACUCGUGAGCAGUGGCGUAUACUGGGGGUCACACGGGGUCGCACUUGCAACUCCUGAAAAUAUUAAAGGGUCGCAAGAGUAUCCUUUUGCGACCCCAAAAAAUCACGAUUUCAGUUUUCAAAAAAUUGAAAUAUCAAUAUAAUAAUAAAUUAACUAAUUUAUAUUUUGAGAACCAAUGUUUAACUUUGUUUUGAAGCACUGGAAUUAUUAUUAUAUUAUAUCCUUUCCACAUUUAUUUAUAGUUUUGUUAUUAAUCAUUUUCUAUUAUUAUACCAAUAUGUAUAUUUAUUGCGAUCGGUCGACUCGAGUCUCAAUGGUAGCUGAUAAUAAUUACAGAUUAUUUUUAACUCAAUUAAGUUAACAUCCGUCAAUAAGAAAAAGUUAAAAGUUAAUAAAAUUUUUGGUUAACUCAGUUAAGUAUUUUUUUUU